CUUGCCGCAUACACUGGAGGUGGGUGAUGAUUUCGAGCUGUGGUCGGACAAGGUGUGCCGAUACAUUGAUCUGAUGAACGUGCCUCACCCGAACGCAUUCGUCAUCGAUUCUGUUGGACGGUCCUUGGAAAUGUACACAAUUGGUUUGGAUUACGUGCAUAUGCCCUUGACCACCCUGUUGAGUACUCUAAGAGCACGUAUAGUGCCACCAAUACCUCCCAUUGAAGCGCUGAAAAGAUUCAGCGAGUGUAACCAGAGACAAGGUGAAUCUAUCAACCAGUUCACCUUACGUCUCCGCAAGCUUGCGCGUCAAGCUAUGCAGGACAAGACAUACUCAGAGGUUGAAAACGCCAUAUAUUCCAAGUUCUUGCAGGGUGUCGACGUCCGUUACAGGAAGGACUUCAACUUGCACACUCCAGCAUCCAUGGCAGAAGCGGAAGCUAGGGCACGCCUAGUGGAAAGCCUGGAAGAGCCAGGAACCACAUGCCCACAAGUAAACGCAAUGGGAUAUCAGCACACAACAACAAAGCAUGCACAGAAUCCUACACCACCGUGGAAAGGACGCCCACAGUCGCAAUCCACUUCAAGAAACGAUUGCUACUACUGCAGGCGGUUUGGUAAGCUUGCUAGGAGUUGUGGUCACAAUGCAGGUGAGUCACAUGUCGAUAUGAAUUGUGUGCCUACUGUAAACCUAAUCGGUGUCACCUCCUCCCCGAAAGUUGUAGGUUAUAUAGGUGGAAAAAAGUGUGUUAUGUUAGUUGACUCAGGAGCAACUUGUUCUGUCAUACAUUCCUCAUGUGUUCCAGAGACGUUUAGGCGAACAAUAGGGACUCACAAUUUGCGGCUUACGACAGCCAAUGGAGAUUGCAUGCAAUCCCAGGGACUGGUCCUGCUGCCACUUAAAUUGGGAACACUGUCACUUCAACACAAUUUCAUCAUCUCUACACGGGUGCCGUGGCAGGUAAUCUUGGGAGUCGACCUCCUGGAAAAGCUGUCCGGAAUAAUAGAUUGUAGUCAGAGGACUCUUAUACUGAAGGACUGUUCCAUCCCAUUUAUUGUAGGGAACGACAAAGAGCACGGCACUUUUGGCGUGCAGGGAGAUGCUAAGAAUGAGAAACAGCGAAUGCUGACGACUAUAGAACCCCUACCAUCGGAAACGGCUGCCAACUUUAAUAAAAUGCUAGACAAAUAUGAGGACUGUUUUGACUGGGAUGGAAAAAGCCCGGGAAGAACAAAACUGGUCCAACAUCACAUAGAAACGGGUAACGCCCCACCUUGUAGACAACCUGCACGGCGAGUACCUGCACAUUACCAGAAGGAGCUUAACAGUUUUAGUUAAGAAAUCGAAUGGGACACUCCGGUUAUGUGUAGAUUAUCACGACACUUU